AAAAAGCUGACAAAGUGAAAGAAGUAGAAAAAGUUAAUAAAGCUGAUAAAAUAGAAAAAGCCAAAAAACAAGAAGAAGCAAGAAGAAGUAACAAAUAUAGAAAAAGCAAAAAAAGUAAAAGCAAUGAAAGCAAGAUGA